CGGAAUAUAUCUAGAGCCCAUAAAUGGUACUGGUCCAGUGGACUUCCGAACCAAAGUUAGAAGAUCUUAAGCCCGAAAUCCUAACGACUUAGACUGAUCCAACUGUAACACAAAAGCCCAGCCCACUUCCAAAUACCAAUUUCUCUUCUCGUCGUCGGCAAUGACGUCGCACCAGCCCACACUACGCGGCUACCGAGAAGCGCGUCGUUUCCCGCUGGAACUUCCCUCCUUGUCUGACGGCUUCAUUUCCGCUUCAUCCUUCACGUUUUAAAAAGGAAAAAGAAAAGGGAAAACAUUUUCAAAAAUCUGGAAACCAAUCCUCAAAAAGGAACAGCAAAAGAACAAUCUAGGUUUCAGGUCGGAGGGAGGGGGCUUGGCUGGAUUUCCUGCCUUACGCCCCAAGCCAGCUUCUUCCCAGAAUUAUAAAUUCCACUUCUUCCCACAGCUCUAUCCCAUCACCUUUUCCUCCAUUCUCCUCGAUUCUCCUUCAAGAAAUCCACCAACCAAAGGUAUAGCAACUAAUUCGCAGCAAUUUCGAUCGAAUCAAACCGAUCAUGUCAGGAGGAACAGAAGCUUUCCCGGAUUUGGGCAGGCACUGCCAGCACAAGGAAUGCAACCAGCUCGACUUCCUGCCUUUUAAAUGCCAGGGGUGCCAACAGGUUUUCUGCUUGGAGCACAGAUCGUACAGGGCUCACGCAUGCCCGAAAUCCGACCACAACAGCCGCAAAGUCGUGGUCUGCGAGAUUUGCUCCACCUCCAUAGAGACUACGGGCCAUGGGGAGUUGGCCGAAAAGGCGUUGCUGGAGAGGCACGAGAAGUCGGGGCAAUGCGAUCCAAGGAAGAAGAAGAAGCCCACGUGUGGCGUUCGUCGGUGCAAGGAGAUACUGACCUUUUCCAAUACCUGCGUCUGCAAAACCUGCCAGAUGAAGGUUUGCUUGAGCCACAGGUUUCCAGCGGAUCAUCAGUGUAAGAAGGAUUUGGCUACUGCUCCUGCUGCCGCAGCUGCAAAUGGUGUGAGCAGGUUCCUGCUUGCUUUCGCUUCGAAGAAUGCCAAAGACUGUGCCAAGAAUGAUAACCAACGGUCUUCUUCAAGUUCGAGGGCACCGUCUAUUAGAUCACAUUGAGAGGCUUUAGGGAUGGUAUGUGUUGUUACCUGAUUGUUUGUUUGUUGCUAGCCAGAAGUUUGCGCUGUCUCUGUACAAAGGCAAACUUUUUACAAACAAAUGGAGGAAUGAAUGAGAAACAAUAUGUUAAUUUCAUGAACACUUGAUCUAGUUCCUAGUGCGCCAUAUACAUUCGUAUUUGAUAUUCAUUUCGUUACA